AUGGAAAUCGGAAUAUUAAGCUGUCCACAAAUAUCACUAUUACGACGGCGAGAAAAAGCAAAUUUCCAAAUCGACCAAAACGAAGUCGUUUCAUGUCGUCUUCAACCUCACCCACACUCUCUGUUCUCAUCCCUUUAUAAAAUCCCUAUUUCCUCAGACGAUUUUUCGCCUCUCUCUUCUUCCUAUCUUCUCCGUGUCAUCAUCGUGCUCUCUCCUCUCUCGGGGAUUUUACUCAGGCGUUCUUCUGUGGAUCAAGCUAAAAAGAUGAAUCAAUGCAACCUUCAGCAGAACGCCUUCAUGUCUCGCGAGGAGAUGAUUGGAUUCGAUCGCAAGAAUCUCGUCGUUUGUCCAAAGCCUCGUCGUGUUGGCUUACUCGCUAACAACGUCAUUCGUCCUCUCCGAUUACACAUGAGUCAAGCUGCAGCUGAUUUGUGUGAUUCCAAAGCUGGUGCAGAGCUUCUGGACAUAAUCCGAAGAAAGGAGGAUAAUGGAACAAUAGGGCAAUUACUAUCAUCAUCGCCGCCGUAUUUUCCCGGAUCACCACCGAGCAGAGCAGCGAACCCAUUAGCGCAAGAUGCUCGCUUUCGAGAUGAGAAACUCAACCCAGUUUCACCAAACUCUCCUUUCCUCCAACCCAAUUCAGCUACCGGUUUUCCAUCUCCAUCCCCAUCGUCAUCGUCGUCUUCGGCUCGCGGUUGCGCUAGAGUGAAGUUUGGGAUCAAGACGCCUGCGGUUAGAGUAGAAGGGUUCGACUGCUUGAACCGUGACCGCCAAAACGCGAGCAUCCCUGCCAUGGCUUAG